AAUGUCGGUUUCACGCUCGUGCUUCAGGCCUUUCCUCCCAGCAGAAAUCGAUGGUGGGCACCUACCCGUUGACCCUUCGGUCUUUACACACAUUGAGCGUGGCCUCCAUCAGAAUCCACAGGGUUUUGCUAUUCAGAGUACCCAUCAACAACCGUGUCAUUUCUCUGCGCUUGUUCAGACAGGAAGUGGGACUGAAAAUGGCGGUGCGCCAAACUAUGAUGCGGUCGAGAGAGAACCGGGGACAUGCCUCGCCUGGACAUAUACACAACUCCACCACGCUGCGUUACGGAUUGCGGCGGGGCUGCUGGCGAGAAAUGCCCAGCCAAGCACGAGAAUGCUCUUGCUCAUCCCCAACGGCGCCGAGUUCUGUCUUCUGCUUUGGACUGCGGUUGUUCUCCGCGUGACGAUUGUCUGUCUCGAUGAGGAACUGCUUAACGUUGAGCAGCAUGAUGAGUUACGCAGAAUGCUAAAGACUAUCAAUCCAAGGGUUAUUGUUGUGCAAGACGUAAAAGGCGCGGAUGUGAUCGAUGUCGCGUUGCGGAAUCUACCGCUUGACCCGGAUAUCCUCAAGAUCACUCUAUCCGAGCUUGCGGGAAGUCAACCAGACUCAGCCUGGAGAUCCCUUCUGUCCCUAUCUCUGACACCAGCUCUUUCAGCUUCUGAAACCGAGUCUCUUCUAUCUUCUGCUCGCUGGGACUCUUCCAACGCAGCCCGUACAUACUCCAUCCUCUAUACGUCAGGAACAUCCGGGGUCCCUAAAGGGUGCCCGUUGCAUAUUUCGGGAAUGAGCUACGUUCUCCAAUCCCAGUCGUGGCUGGUCAACGCAGAGAACUGCACGCGGGCACUGCAACAAGCGCAUCCGUGUCGGGGCAUUGCCAUUGCACAGACACUCCAGACAUGGAGGGAAGGUGGGACAGUAGUCAUGACGGGGAAUGGCUUCAAUGCGGGCGAUUUGGUGCAUGCGGUAAAAAGGCACGCGGUUAGUUUCGUGGUGCUCACGCCGGCGAUGGUUCAUCCAGUUGCAGACGAGUUGAAGGGUAGAAAUGGCGCAGCUGAUUCUGUCAGGACAGUUCAAAUCGGUGGCGAUGCGGUGACAAGAGGCGCACUUGAGAUAUGUACGCGAUUGUUUCCGAAAGCGAGAGUUGUCGUGAAUCACGGGAUGACGGAGGGUGGAGGGGCGUUUGUUUGGCCUUUCAACAGGCCCAGAGAUAUUCCGUUCUAUGGUGAGAUGAGUCCUGUUGGAUCCGUUGCACGAGGCGCUGCUGUCAGGAUCCGUGGCGCAAACGCGACAGUGGCAAGAGGAGAGCUGGGCGAGCUCCAUGUCUCCUGCCCAAGUAUUAUCCCGGGGUAUCUGGGUGGAGUUUCAGCCCAGUCGUUUCACGACGAGGAUGGGCGAAGAUGGUUCAAAACAGGUGAUGUGGGCUUGAUGGACAAGCAGGGCGUUGUUUUUAUCCUUGGCCGGAUGAAGGAUAUGAUUAAUGGGAAAACAUGUGUGGUAAAUGCUGGCGGCCCCUUUGCUGUCCUGGCACGAUAUACCGGCAAGAAAGAAGCCCAGAUCAGAAGACAUGUUGUGCGGGCACUUGGGAAGAGCAAUGCGUUGAACGGAGUAAUUUAUCUGCACCAGUUGGGACUGGAAAGGUUUCCGGUUAAUGGGACGCAUAAGAUUGCUCGUGGGGAUGUGGAGGGGGCUAUGCUGGCCUAUUUGCAGACUGAGCCUACCAGUAGAUAG